AUGAACCAAAGAAGUGGUGUUCAAGAUAUAUAUUAUUCUAAAGAAGCUUUGUUCAACAGCGCCAAUGAUGAUCAACUACUUUUAUUUAUUGCUGCAAAUGGAGCAUCAAAUAACAGUUUGAAAGUCCAAUCCGAAAUGCCCUUUAAGCAGAGAAAGAGAUUCAGAGAUAUUUAUUGCAUAAUAUCCAAUAAAGGUUUAAAUCCCUUCUCUCCAGAUGAAGAUAAAAAUUUACUCGAACUUGUUUCUAAGUAUGGAAAAAACUGGCGUCAAAUAUCUAAGUAUUUCUUACAUAAAACUGAAGAAUCUGUAAAAUACAGAUGGAAAUAUCUAACUCGCCUUAAUUAUAAGAAGCAUGACGAUAACCAUCAUGAAACAGACUUAUCAGAACUUCCAGAAUUCAAGUCUUUGAUUGAAUCUUCUACAGAUAAUGUUCAAUUUGAUGCUUUAACGUAUUUAUUACAGUCAUAUCAAGGUAAGAUCGAUUUUGUAGAGUCAGAGAUUUCGAAAUUACCGAUUUAA